UUCUUGAAAAAUUUGAAGAAAAAUAUUUAUUUAAUUUUCUUUUAUAUUUCGAAUAUCUCACCGUCGCCUGGCAACGGAAGCCAUCUCCAUAGCUACCGAGCGUUCAUUUGUCAACAAACGAGACGGUGUCGGUGGUCAAAUCGAGCCGGCGCGCGCAGACGGAGAGCGAGCCGAGCCGACCGGACAGCGCCGGCAGCGGCGCCGACAGUCCCGCGCUGGUCACCACCACGCUGGUGGCCGCUCCGUUCAUCACCGUCACAGGUGACGCCGGCAGCAGCUCGCGCUCGUUCGCGCCGCUCACUCCAGUGAACCCCUCGUCAGCUGUUGUCAGCGAAGGCGGCACCGUGGCGGCCUCAGAGACGGCCGUGGCGGCCGGCGUCGGCACCGCCAGCUACGUGCAGCAACAGUAUGUAGAUGGUUCGACGGCCGACACCAGCCUCUACACGGCCACCACUAACGGACAGAUAGACUGCGACUGUCGGCGGCUGCUCUGUAAGUGUGGAUCGGGGCCUCGUCUCGGCCGGCCCUCUCCGUCACUCUGGCCUACCCCGCCGCUGUAUACGCCGCCAUUAACGACGGUACGGUCACGAUGUACACGGGCGACGGCGGCGCCUUCUACACCAACGGCUCCCAGGGUCAGCCGGUGGUGACGCAGGGUCAGCUCAUCACUGCCGGCAACACGUACAUGAUCCACCAGCCGCGCGUCGAGGGCGCCGACACGCACUCUCUGACUAUGACCACGGCGCGCGGCAGUCAGCAGACGGAGCAGGCUGCCGGUGACGCGCAGGCCGGCGAGCAGCAGACGGUCACCUACAUGAUGGCCACGGCGCCGCAGCAGCAGCAGCCGCCGGCCGCCGCGGCGGCCUCCUCGUCUGCUGCCGAGGCGUCUGACCCGCUGGCGCAGGCCACCCGGGUCUCUCCAGCCACGCCUUCCUCGGCCCCGCCGUGUCCGCCGCUACAGCCGUCACCUCUGGUCACCGAGCACACCAAAGUGUACAUCAUCAACAACAGCGCGCCGCCGACGGGCGCCGCCGGCCGGCUAGGCGGCGCCGCCGACCCCGCCGCGGAGGAGGGGGACGAGGACGACCCACAAGAGGACGACGUACUGGGCCUACUGCUGCUGAAUCGCGUGUUUGGACCGACGGUCCAAUGGCUGAACGACAACUACGAGGUGGCGGAGGGCGUGUCGCUGCCCCGCUCCACACUCUACAGCCACUACCUGCGCCACUGCGCCGAGAACAAGCUCGACCCCGUCAACGCGGCGUCGUUCGGCAAACUGAUCCGCCAGGUGUUCUACGGACUGCGCACUCGACGGCUGGGCACUCGCGGCAACUCCAAGUACCACUACUACGGUAUCCGCGUCAAACCGGAGUCGCCGCUCAACAACCUCACAGAGGAGGUGUCCCUGAUGGGUCGACAGAGCGGCGGCCGCGGCAGCCGCGCGCGCAGAGAGGAGUACCAGGACGGCAACAUUGACAUGCACCAGACUCAGGUACAGCAGUACCUGGGCGACAGCAGCAGCGCCGUGCCGAAUGUGCCCGACAUCGACCUGACGGCGCAGACCCUGCCGGAGGGCGUCACAGAGGAGGACGUCACCAACUUCACCUCCAUCUACCGCGAGCACUGCGAGGUGCUUCUCGACGCCGUGGUCACCCUGCAGUUCUCCUCUGUGGAGAUCAUCUGGCAGCAGUUCUGGAGGUCGGCCAACAACAGCGAGGACCUGCUGGAUGAUGACCCGGAGAAGAUCAUGCCGAAGCGGGUGCUGCACCAGCUCUGUGACUGGCCGCCCGUGCAGGACUAUGUGAAGACGAUGGACUACCUCUUCUACCAGAACCUGGUCGAUGUGCUGAUUCCGGACGUUCUGCGUGCCAUUCCCAGCACGCUGACGCAGGCGAUCCGUAACUUCGCCAAGACACUGGAGGGCUGGCUGCGCUCGGCCACCGAGAGCACGCCGGCCGGCAUGGUGCGCGUCAAGCUGGCCGCCGUGGCGGCGUUCGCGCAGACGCUGCGCCGCUACACGUCUCUGAACCACCUGGCGCAGGCGGCGCGCGCAGUGCUGCAAAACUCGGGACAGAUCUCGCAGAUGCUGGCCGACCUGAACCGGGUCGACUUUGUCAACGUCCAGGAACAGGCGUCCUGGGUGUGCCAGUGCGACGACAGCCUGGUGCAGCGUCUGGAGGCCGACUUCAAGGUGACGCUGCAGCAGCAGAACUCGCUGGAGCAGUGGGCCUCCUGGCUGGAGGACGUCGUCACCACCGUCCUCAAGCCGUUCGAGAACAAACCCGAGUUCCCCAAGGCGGCGCGCCAGUUUCUGCUCAAGUGGUCGUUCUACAGCUCGAUGGUGAUUCGCGACCUCACACUGCGCAGCGCCGCCUCGUUCGGCUCGUUCCACCUGAUCCGACUUUUGUACGACGAGUACAUGUUCUACCUGAUCGAGAACCGCGUGGCGCGCGCCACGGGCGAGAUGCCUAUCGCCGUGAUGGGCGACCGCAGCGGCCAGCCGGCGCCCCAGCAGCCCACGCAGACUGCCGCCGAGCGGGAGAGCGCGUUUGACGCGCCGUCGGAGCUGCUGCUCUCCAACGGACCUCUGCUGGACGGACCACUGGCCGCCGAGCGUGGAGACGGCGACGUGAAGCGACUGCGCCGCGAGUGACCGCCUCGCCGCGCCGCUCCUCGCCCCCGCUGCUCAACUGCGCGCGCCGCCGCCGCCGCUGCCGCCGGACGCAACGGGCGCUGGCCAAAGGAACUGGGGCCUUAUCUGCCGUGGCGCCGCCGCUCUCCGACUGUCGCGCACAUUCCUCUCAGUGCACAGACUGCCUGCCUCACCGUUGUUCAUUCCACACUCGCGCAGCGCGGACAGUAUUCGUGAACGGACGGCCGGAGGGCGAGACGCGCUCUCUCGCCCAGGACUGUGCAGUGUUAUCUCCCCCCUAUCCCCCCCUCUCUCCCCAGUGUGUCGCAGCGCGCAGCGAACGCGCGGCCGUCGCCAGUAAUCAGGCGGCAGCCGGCGCCCGUCGAUGUGCGCCUUUGGAUGUGUUUAAGUCGUGGCUGGAGGACGGGCGUGCGCCCGGGGGCUGCUCGGAGCGCUCGCCUGUCUAGCCGUCCCGCCUGCCGCCUGCGGGCCGUUUCUAUGUUGCUUAGAUGUCAUUGCCGUGCCGGGCUGAGUGUGCGAGUGUGAGUGUCUGUCUACCUGUCCGGGUGAGCACGCAGGGUGUCCGCUGGCGGUGCUGUGCCAGCGAGCGGCCGCGCAGCUGCGCUACCGACUGACGGAGAUUAGUUCUGACGGAAUAAAGUCGUGUGCCGAA